UGGCGGGGGAGGUGCAUCCUGGGAAGGAGCAGCCCGACAUGGCUCUCCGCCCGCCCGCCGCCCGCCGCUGAGCGGGAGGGGAGCGGAGCGGAGAGAAGCGGGGCGGGGGGGGCCGGGCCGCGGCGGCCGGGCCCGCAUGAGGCGGGGGGGGGCCGCUCGCAGCCGCCCCGCUCGCUCCCCGCCGCCGCCGCCGCCCUGCGCGCAGGGCCCCAGCGGAGCCCCCCCCCCCGGUCCUCCUCCUCCUCCUCCUCCUCCUCCUCCUCCUGCUGCUGCUAUCGCGGCCCCGCGCCCUGCCCCGCUGAUGGACAGGAACUACGCGCCGACCCCCGGCUUCGCCGAGCCGCUGGCCCCCGCCGCCGCGCAGCCCAGCGCCGCCUGGGCCUACGAGCGGGGCGCCGGCAGCCUCAAGCCCAGCUUAAGCUAUGGAGGAGGACAUCCAUCACAUUCAGAAACAGAUCUUCUUCACAGACAGACAUACACAGCUUCUCAUCAGCUUCCUGGAUACUCUACUACACACCAUCCUACUGGUCUGUCAGGAAUAUUUGAUACCAGUAUGCACACCUCUGGAAGUAACACUAAGGAAACUUCAGUUAUGAAUUUUCUCUCUGCGAUCGAGUCUCGUACCGCUCAGGCAGUCUCUUCAGGAUCUACCCUUUUGCCACAAUUCAGGGCUCCUUCCUGGCAGACAGGUAUGCAUUCCUCAACAGCCACAGAACUAUUCGUUACUGGAGCACUGCCAACCUCUGGAACGUUUCCACCAACAUCUGCUUUAUCAGCAUAUCAGCAUCCCAACACUUUCAGCAGUAGAAACUUUGCUACUACCCCUUCUCUUACUCUUCAAGAUACUACUUUCAGUGCUACAUCGAAUGGCCUCUUAACUACUCAUGAUCCUCUAUUACAGAUUAAAACGUCACAAGGCACUGUUCCAACUGCUUUGACAUUUGAGCGCCUGGGCAGUUCUGUGUUAAGUACCAGUAUACCACCUCAGUCGUCAACGUAUCGUUCUGCUCAAGAAUCUGCACCCCAUCUUUUGCAACCUCAGUUUAGUUUGUUGCCUUCAACCAUUGGAGGAACUCAGCAGGUUUCUCAGGCGUAUAGCACAUCUGUCUUUACCGGUUCCACUGCUUCUAUUGAUAGAGCACUUCAGCGAGAAUGUAGUGUUAUUAAACACCAUCAGCGGCCUUCAAGUACUCAGUCUGUUCAGGCUCAACUGACUGUUUCACAGCAUUCCUUACACAGCUAUUUAACAAGUACAAGUGGAGUUAAUUUUCAGGAUACAUCUAGGCACUCAGCAUUAUCCUGCAGUCCAGUUGGAGAUGUUACUCAGGUGAGCAAUGGAGGACCACAGCAGAAGACUUCUCAAGUCACGGUGGAACUUGCUCAGUCUUACACAUCUGCAAUUCCAUCACUUGGUUUUCCGCCUGCUUCCACAGCAAAAGUGAAAAACUGUUCCACGAAGCAGCCUCCAAGGUCAACGAAGACCCCCAAACCUCAAAGUGUAGCUCCCACUGUGCAGACGCAAAGCUAUGCCAAAACUGCACAGAACCAGAGUUCUGUCAUUACAGGCCAAGCACAGAUCUAUUCUACAGCACAGCUCCCAAGUCUCCUGUCAGUCAGCCAGUCCCAAAAUUACGUUUCUUCCCAGUCUCAGAAUGUGUCACCCGUCAGUCACUCACAGGAUUUCUCAUCUAGCAAGAUCGAGAAGCUGCCCUCCUUGUACAAAACGUUGACUUUCUCUGGGCAAUCGCAAACCAUUACUUCUGAUAGUCAAACUCUAAGUUACUCCUCAAACGAACAAGUAUUGACGUCAGUUCCAAAUGAGAACUACUCUGGGCAAACAAGGGAACUUUCUUCGGUCAGCCAGUCUCAGAGCUACUCUUCUAGUCACUCUCAGGGUUUAUCUCCAGUUAGCCAAUCCCAAGUUAGCUUUUCAUCUCAAUCACAAGUUUUAUCAGCUGUUAGUCCUUCAGAAAGCUAUUCUUCAGGGCAGUCUUUAACGUUAACAUCGCCUUCUCUUCCUUUUUCCGCGUCUCCUCGGAUACAGACUCUUCCGGGCUCAAGUCCUAAUCAGAGCUAUAUUUCUUUACAUUCUUCUCAGAACUCUCAGUCACAGGAAUCCUCCCCGCCACAGUCUCAGAAAUUUUUGCCAUCUGUGCAGUCUCCUCCUUUCGCAUCCCCAGCUCAUUCACAGACGCUGCAGAACAACAGGCCUUCCUCAGAAACAAAGUCAUACGUAAAAAGGAAAUCUGACUCUAACUUGUAUGCUUCGUCAAAACAAGAGGAAGAGUUGUCAAUGCAGGAUAUGCAGGCAUUGCAACAGCAGGCUUCUCUUGAAUCCUCCACCCAAAGGCUAACUGAUGAUGAAAUCAAUGCUCAGGACGGAUCCUAUAGGGUCUCAAAAGCAGAUGACAGAUACUCUCAAAGCGUAAUCAGAAGUAACUCUCGUCUUGAAGAUCAAGUUGUUGGACUUGCUCUUCAAGGAGCAAAAAAAGAUGAAAGAAUGGUUAAUACCGUGGAACAGCUUUCCCAGCACAUUGGCCAUAUCACGAGCCUAAGCCAUGACAUGAAAAAAACAGCGAACUUAAUGCAAACAACACAAGUAAACGUGAGUCCUAAAGAACUAAACCAGCAACAUUCUCUUAUGCAUAAGGUACAUGAAAAUAAAGGUCAUGAACAGCAAGGCCAAGUCAUUAGCACGCCACCACAGGUUCAACCUCAUGCUUUAAGGCACGGUCAUCAGCUGUGCUUGCCCAGUGCACAGGUACUUCUGGAGUCGACCUGUGACUUGCAGAUUCUUCAUCAGUCAAUACUGCAGUCAGGUUUAGGACAAGCAAAGGCAUCACCACAAGUGCAAAGAAUACAGAGUCCUCAGCAGGUGACGCAUCCAUUCCUUCAGAUGGAUGGCCAUAUUAUUCAAAGUAAUGGAGGUCAUUCUCAGCAGCAGCUUCACACUCAGAACUCAGAAGUAAUGAAAAUGGACAUUUCUGAGCCCUCAAAACCACUACAGCAACAUUUGACAACAAAAGAUCAUUUUACCCAGACAAAUCAACACGAUUCAAAAAAUCAGUUUGUUUCUCUUAGUUCGAUAUGUUUCCCAGAAUCUAUGCUUCUCAGUGACGAGAGGAAUAUAUUAUCCAAUGUAGAUGAUAUCUUAGCAGCAACCGCGGCAGCCUGUGGAGUGACACCAUCUGACUUUGCCAAAUCAGCAUCUAACGAAGAAGAAAUCCAGUCUGUUGAAAACAGUGAGGAGUCUAAAACGCAGUUCCGAUCAAUGGAUGUAAGACACGUGUCUUCUGCUUUCAGUGCCUCUCCAGUUGGAAAGCCAGCAAGCAUAAAUAAUAUUUCUCUGAAUGGAGGCCAAAUCACUAUAAAUCUUACACCGGUGUCAGCAAUAAAGGCAAAACCUGUGAACCUCGAUCAACAACACAUUGAAACUUCUGAUCAAAAUGUACCAAUAAGAAUGACCUCUCCUGCUCUUGGUCCUGGUCAAGAGGAUCAAGAACAAGGUGCUGUUCCGGUGAAGAAACAGUCUAGCAUUAGCCACGAAUCUGAAGAAGAUAACGAUGUUCCUGCUGAUGGUACACUAAAUGCAAGAGAGGCAGACUUUGUUUCUAGUGGUAAGAGUCUAAGUGAAGAAAGUGCUGCUUCAGAGAAUGAUUUUAAUGUAGGUGGUGGUGAUGAUGGUACAGUAGCAGGUAACCAGUCAAAGGUUAAUUCGUUGCAGCCACUGCCUGUGGCCCCAAGUGGAGAUGGACCCAUUAGUAGAACUGAAGAAGAAUGCCAAGACUUAACUCUCGGGAACCUUCAGAAGAAGAAAAGCAAAGGAAAAAGCCAAAACAAAAAUGCUGCAGAAGAUGACAGUGCAAUUCAGAAACAGAACAAAAGGAGCGGACAGUGUAAACGUCAAAAUUCGAGAGGAAAUGACUCGUGUUUGAUGUACUCUUCUCCUGUUUCUGAAAGCUGUUACGAUACUUACCAACAUCAGGAAAGAAUGAGGCAAAAAAUUAAAGAAGUUGAAGAAAAGCAACCUGAAGUCAAAACAGGAUUUAUCGCAUCUUUUUUAGACUUUCUGAAGUCUGGGCCUAGGCAACAGUUUUCAGCUCCAGCUGUACGAAUGCCAAACAGGACUAGGCGACCAGUUACCCAAAUAGUUCGCGGCCCUUGCCUACAACCCUCCACAAAGCCUCAGCCAGCAGCAGCACCUGUAGCUGCCGAGGUCAGUGCGGAAAGUCCAACCAAAAAAGUGGAUGAGGAACUCAAGAAGAAUUUGGAAACAUUGCCUUCGUUUUCUUCUGAUGAAGAUGAUUCAGUGGGGGGGAACCACGAUCUUCAGAAGAGCAUCUCCACUGCAUUGUCAGCCCUUGAUGAUACUUCUGACAGAAAGAACAAAUCAGAAGCUGAAAAAGUGGCAGUUGUUAAUGCUGCUGCCACUACUGCUGUUAUAAAGCAGGAAUCACCGCAGACGACGGCUCCUGUAGUCAGUAUGCAGGAGAAAAUGAGUUCAGCCGACCCCUUAAAAGUAGCUCAACAGGAUGCUGGGGCUUCAGACCAAUUAGCAAAAAUACAGUCAACUGUUGCAAUAGAAGGAAGUACUGAUGAGGAGAAUACGGACAGUGGAGGAGAGGGCAUGUACAGAGAACGUGACGAAUUUGUAGUGAAGAUUGAAGAUAUAGAGACACUAAAGGUUGCUUUGCAAACUGGAAAGGAGCCUCCAGCUAUUUGGAAAGUACAGAAGGCCUUAUUGCAAAAGUUUGUUCCUGAAGUGCGAGAUGGACAGAGAGAGUUUGCUGCUACUAACAGUUAUCUUGGGUAUUUUGGGGAUGCAAAAACAAAAUACAAACGAGUCUAUGUGAAGUUCAUUGAAAAUGCAAACAAGAAGGAAUAUGUCAGAGUCUGUUCAAAAAAACCACGAAGCAAGCCUGUACAGUCAGCAAGGACUAUUCAUUGCAAACCUAGUGGUAGCAACAACAAAACCCCUGAUCCACCAACACCAAAACCAACAGCAACAAAAGUCUCUUCUGUGAAACCCAAAGCUAAACAGCCAAAGGUAAAGGCUGAACCACCACCAAAGAAAAGGAAAAAGUGGAAAGAGGAGUUUUCAUCUUCCCAGUCUGAUUCUUCACCAGAAGCACAGAGCGAUGAGGAUGAGCUUGUACCUCCAGCUCCCUUUGUUACUCGCUUUUUGAACACAAGGGCUAUGAAAGAGACCUUUAAGAGCUAUAUGGAGUUGCUUGUUAGCAUUGCUUUGGAUCCAGACACAAUGCAAGCCUUGGAAAAAAGCAAUGAUGAGCUACUUUUGCCUCAUAUGAGAAAAAUUGAUGGCAUGCUGAAUGACAAUAGGAAAAGGCUGCUUUCCAAACUACGCUUGGAUCAUACUUUCAAGAAUGCUUUGGAAAACUUUCCUGAACUGACAGUCAUCACUCGGGAUUCAAAGACAAAAAGUGGAGGGACGUCAGUGUCUAAGAUCAAAAUGAAUGGUAAAGCAUACAACAAGAAAACGUUAAGGGCUUCUAAAUCAACCACUAAAUUAGCGCAGGAGUUUACGGUAGAUCCAGAAAAAAUACAGUUGUAUUCUUUGUAUCAUUCACUCCAUCAUUACAAAUAUCACAUAUAUCUGACAUGUAAAGAAGAGAUUUCUUCUGUUCAGAAGAAGAGUGCGGAUCUAGGACAAGAAGAGAUUGUGCAGCUGUGCAUGAAAAAUAUCAAAUGGGUGGAGGAUCUCUUUGAAAAGUUUGGUGAACUUUUGAAUCGUGUCCAGCAGAAAUGCUCAUAACAAAAAUGUAUUCCAAAUCUCACAUUUUUCUACGGCACUAAUCUGAUGGAACAGAAAGCUGAGAGAGAGGCUCUGAUUUCUUUUAUAAUGCCAGACUGCGUUCUUCUUCGUAGGCAUUUUUAUUUCUCUUUAUGGAACUUUGUGCCUUGGCUCUUGCUGAGGAAAAGUGAUGCUGCCAAUGAAAUCGGUCCUUUGGAGGUGGAACUAAACAUAAACCUAACCAAGUUUUUAACCUGAAGAAUUAUUUUCUAUUUUGUAAACUAUUGGAUAACUUAGUUUUAUUUUCAGAAAUGUUUUUGACAAAUGAUAAAGCAUGCACUACAUAUACUUUUUUCUUUAUUGCUAAAAAGAUAACAACACUUAAAAUACUACAGGUUUUUCCAUCUCUGACUAAGCAACAGAAAAGUCAGUGUUGGGGUGAACUAACUUUUACAUACGUCUGGCCACCAAAUUUAGUUUUGUACAUUUUGUGAACAGAGCCGGAGUGACAUCAGUUUCUGCGAACGUAUAUUGCCAUCAUAAAAUCCAGAAAUGUCAAUAUGCUUUAUGGACUCCUUUUACUAUUGUCAUGUUCAGGAGACUGAACGUGGAGUUGGUGCAAUCCUAUGACUGCUUUUUUUGUGUCAAAUUAUAUUGUAAUGAAAGACAAUGACCUUAACUAUUUUCCCUGUUUUGAAGAAAAAAAAUAUUUUCCUUUAUACUGCGGUUUUGUUUUGUUUUUGUUGUUUUGGGGAAAAAAAAUUCAAUUGUACAUUUUAUCUCACUAAUAGUUGUAUUUUUCACAGAGAAAAUAUUGUGGUUAAAAUUGUUUCAUGUAUCUUUGUAAUACACUUUCCAUUGUUUUCAGUAAAUCCUAUUCAUUUAUAUGUUGAUUUCUUAUUGUAAACUAUAUAUCUUGAGGUAACCCUUUUGUUUAUACAGGUUUGCUUCAGUGUUAACCAGAAUAAUGCAUACUAGACUAGUUUUGCUUUAAGUGUAGUUGUGUUAGACACUGCAAGUAUUUUCUGAUACGCAAAAAUAAAUUUCUUACUAAACUAGCACUUGAUUAACUGAGAGUUUAAAUGAGGAGCUAUUACACUUUAUCUUUGUCAACAAAGAUUGAUGAUUGAAUAGACUAUAUGCAGUGUUAAACACAGCUUACAUAGUUGUUUGUAGAACUGGCAGUUGCAGAGCUGUUCUCUUUUUGGUGCCUUUCAAGUCUUCAGACAUCUUGUAGCUUUUUUGUCCCUCCAGUUUGUUAACAGUUAGUAGUGCCACUAGUCACACUCAGACAAUGAAUGUAAUGGGCUCUACUCCAGGAGAACAUUUUCUCAUUUUCUUAAAAUUUGCCAACAGAAUGCCUUACUGAGUCAUUCAGAAUGGAUACUUACUCCACUGGGGUCCUAAAAUAAAAAAUAAAAACCAUGUUGUUCUUUUUCAGAAAACAUAGGGAAAAAAAUCAUUCCUUUAUCCGUUCACUGCCACUUAGUGCCUUAAUUUCAUCCAAGAAAGCAGGGUUCACUAUUCAUUGGCCAAAUGAAAUAAUGUUCAUUGCCAUGUGACUUUUUUUCCUGUUAUCUGUUUUGAUCCUAUUUAGUUGUUAAAUAUUCAUUAGACCUUAGAACUAUAAAGAGUUUAAUGAAUAGAUGUGAAAAUGCAAUGAUUUGAUCUUGAGUAAUCAAAUAGAGGUUUGAAUAGUAAAGCAUGUACAGAAUUUUAGCUGAUUAGUUUUUAGAACCUUAGAGGAUGUUUACCAUGUUUCCAAAGCUUUUCAUCUUUUAAAAGCAAUAAUUCUCCUCUACAACUUGUAUGCAGACUACAGUGAACAGAAAUCGAUACGUGCCCCUGCCUUUUUUAAAGCCUCUUCACGGUGUUUCUGCUUUAAAAAGGGAGGUCACUAUCACGUUAACAGAUGCAUUGUGCUACUGUUGUGUCUACUAUAAUCAAGGAUAGCGAUGUGGACUUUACUUAGGAAGAAUGUGCAGAAUGUUAGAGCAAUCAUAAAGCUAAUUCAUUUUUUCAGAGUAAAGAAGGGUAGGCACUGGGUUGAAGAGUUGCCAUUGUUUCAGUCAUACUGUGUUGAACCUCACAGGAGCUAAAGUUUGUGGCUAGCACAUGAAGCAAAGUUACCACCGGUAGUGAUCAGCUAAAAUCAUUUUAAUGUAAAUAUGCACAAUGGAGACGUAGUAGCAAUGUGCCUGGUGUACUAUGUAACCUAUAGUAGCAGUUCCCAAAUUUACUUAGUGUAUUUCCUUAUUGAUGGGGGUGAUUGGCAGCAGUAGUUCCUGGCUGUGUAGAUUCAAGAGAGGUAUUUCCUCUCAUGAGGAAUAUAUAUAUAUACGUGUAUAUAUAUAUUCUUCACCCAGGUGGAGUUCUGUUGUUUCCUUUCAGUGAUACACACAACACAGUUUGGGAAUUCCUAACCUGUAGCUUUAAAAAUGGUUAGGAUGCAGACUGAGGGAACAAGAGUUGGCUCCUUGAUUGUAUAGUAAUGAACCCAUCAGACUUUGUGUCUCACAUCCCUCCCUUAUACGACUGCAAAGCAACUAACCGAGAGAGGUCUUUACACUUUCUAAAUGAUUUCUCUACUGCUACUUUAUACAUCCUUUAGAAUUUUGAAUCUAGAAGUAGCUUUAGGAAGCUACUUGUUUUAAUCCAAGUCCUUAGAAACUGAAAGGAAAAAAAAAAAAAGGUUUUUGGAGUAGUUUCUCCAUAUUUAAAAGGAAGGUAAACUUUAGCAACAAGUAUCUAAAUAAAAUGGGCCAGGAUGCUCUGCACUGCCAUAGAGGGUGGCCUGGCUUAUUUUUGGCUGUUUUAUUCCCAGGACCAGUUAAACAAGCGCUGUGCCUGUAGAACAUAGGAAAAACUUUUCUUGAAUAAAAGAAACUACCCCAGACUACUAAAGAUGUGAUAGAGCUUCCAUCUUUGUCUUGAGCUACAAAGAUGGUGGCUGGAUUAUUAGUUUACCAAUUACAGUGAGUAAAAGCAUAGAACUUUCAGGUGUGUGAAGGAUCAUAAAUGAAAAUAAAGUUUUGUUAGUGGGAUUGAAAAGGCUUUUUAUACUGAAGCAAACUUAGAAAAAAAGUCAAUGUACAAGUUACUUUUUUGCACAAAUGCUUUGUUCUGUUGCAUUUUAGAUAAUUCUGCACCCACACCUCAAUCUUUUGUCUUUUUCUUGAAGCAACAGUGAGGUCCUUAUUCUUUGACAUCUGACAGUGGAAACUGAGCACUCGUGACUGCAAGAGAAGAUGCACUAGGAAGGAAUAAAACCCUCUUUAGACUAUGAAUUAGCAAAAGAGAAAUUUAUUAAACUAAUCGUGUGAUGAACUAUGUUUUUUUUUUUUUUAAUUCCACUGUCAUUUCCUUUAGUAUGGCAUCCCUGUUUACAUUGGGUUUGUUUUUAUUGACAUAACAGUAUUUCUCUUAAAGGCAGAUUUUCUUUGAGAUGCUACUUCCAAAGUCUUGUUUGCAAAACAUCUGAGACAAAAUUGGACUGAAAAACUUUCUGAAAAUGGCUAAGGACUUUAGGGUCUUCUAUGACCUGUAAUGUAUUCAUAUAUUGUCUAAAUGAAAUACUACUUUUUAAAAAGGCAAAUCUUACAGGCUGUCUUCCAAGUAAAUGAUGUCCAUAGGGGAAAUAUAUUUUAAAUAUUAUUUAAAUAUUUACUACUAUUUAAAACAAUUUUAAAACAGAAAAGCUAAAACUAUGGUCGCAAAAUGUCAAUGUGUCAUCAGUCAUUUCUUUUUCUUUGCCAACACGUGACAUUUGGUCUCUUACUCUGUUACAUGCCUGUGCAUCACAGUGUGCACGUUCUGCCAUAUCUUAUUGUUUAAGCUAAUAUUAACAUGUCAUUGUUAACAAAUGCAUGUUUUCUGCAUAUCUUCUCUACAUAUGGCAAAAAAAGAGGCUAGGGCUAUAUAAGAGACACUUUAUGCGUUCUUAGUCCAGAUUUUCAGGUGGUCCGUAAUACAAUGUAUGGAAAUGUGAAAAAGGACACAGUUUUGUACCAUUCAUGAUGUUAUUAACUAAACCCAUUAAAGUGAAAACACUUUUAAACAAAAAA